AUGGCGGCCGAGGUAGACGGGCCACUUAAACGGGUGCUGGUGCCGCUUCUUUUACCUGAGAAAUGCUACGACCAAAUUUUCGUCCAGUGGGACUUGCUUCAUGUUCCCUGCCUCAAGAUUCUCCUCAGCAAAGGCCUGGGGCUGGGCAUUGUGGCUGGCUCACUUCUGGUAAAACUACCCCAAGUGUUUAAAAUACUGGGAGCCAAGAGUGCCGAAGGAUUGAGUCUUCAGUCGGUGAUGCUAGAGCUAGUGGCGUUGACUGGGAUCAUGGUCUACAGCAUCACCAGUAAUUUUCCCUUCAGCUCUUGGGGUGAAGCCCUGUUCCUGAUGCUCCAGACAGUCACCAUCGCCUUCUUGAUCCUGCACUACAGAGGACAGACUGUGAAAGGUGUUGCUUUCCUAGCAUGCUACGCCCUGGUCCUGCUGGUGCUGCUUUCACCACUGACGCCCCAGGCUGUAGUCACCCUGCUCCAGGCCUCCAACAUGCCUUCUGUGGUGGUGGGAAGGCUGCUCCAGGCAGCCACCAACUACCGCAAUGGGCACACAGGCCAGCUCUCAGGCAUCACAAUGUUUCUGCUCUUUGGAGGGUCCCUGGCCCGAAUCUUCACCUCCAUUCAGGAAACUGGAGACCCCCUCAUGGCUGGAACCUUUGUAGUCUCUUCUCUCUGCAAUGGCCUCAUCGUUGCCCAGGUCCUCUUCUACUGGAAUGCCAAGGCUCCCCACAAGAAGAAAAAGCAGUAG